AUGCCUCCUCCGCCCACGGCCAGGCCGCACCCAAACCCUCCUCUCCUCCUCGCCCCCCUCCGCUCCCCGCCCGCGCGCCACCUGGCCCCGCGGAGUAGGCGCCUCAGCUCCUCCACCACCCGCGUGGCCGUCUCGCCGUCGCCGCCGCCUCCGUCGUCGGCGACCUCCACGACGCCCUCCGACACGAGCGCGGCGCUGCGGGCGCUCUGCGUGCACGGCCAGCUGCCGCAGGCGCUCUGGCUGCUCGAGUCCUCCCCGGAGCCGCCCGACGAGGAUGCCUACGUGGCGCUCUUCCACCUCUGCGAGUGGCGCCGGGCCUCGGACGCCGGGAUGCGCGCCUGCGAGCACGCCGACGCCGCGCACCCCACCUUCGGCCUCCGCCUCGGCAACGCCAUGCUCAGCAUGCUCGUCCGCUUCGGCGAGUCGUGGCACGCCUGGGGCGUGUUCGCCAAAAUGCCCCAGCGGGACAUCUUCUCCUGGAACAUCAUGGUGGGCGGCUACGGCAAGGCCGGGUUCCUGGAGGAGGCGCUGGACCUGUACCACCGGAUGCUCUGGGCCGGGGUCAGGCCCGACGUCUACACCUUCCCCUGCGUGCUGCGCACCUGCGGGGGCGUCCCCGACCUGAGGAUGGGGAGGGAGGUGCACGCCCAUGUCCUGAGGUUCGGGUUCGGGGUCGAGGUCGACGUGCUCAAUGCGCUCGUGACCAUGUAUGCCAAGUGCGGGGACGUCGGGGCAGCACGGAAGGUGUUUGAUGGUAUGGCCUUGACUGACUGCAUCUCGUGGAAUGCGAUGAUCGCUGGGCAUUUUGAGAAUCAUGAGCGGGAGGCGGGGCUGGAGUUGUUCCUUAACAUGCUGGAGAAUGAGGUGCAGCCGAAUCUCAUGACGAUAACCAGUGUGACUGUUGCGUCCGGAUUGCUGUCUGACCUUGAUUUUGCAAAGGAAAUGCAUGCGUUAGCGGUAAAAAGAGGUUUUGCCACUGAUGUUGCGUACUGCAACUCUUUGAUUCAGAUGUAUACUAGUCUUGGGAGGAUGGGGGAAGCAUGCACGAUAUUCUCAAGAAUGGAGACCAGAGAUGCCAUGUCAUGGACAGCCAUGAUAUCAGGGUAUGAGAAAAACGGCUUCCCAGACAAAGCUCUUGAAAUGUAUGCACUGAUGGAAGUAAAUAAUGUAAGUCCUGACGAUGUCACUGUGGCAAGCGCUCUUGCUGCCUGUGCUUCCUUGGGGCGAGUAGAUGUUGGCAUCAAGCUGCAUGAGAUUGCUACGAGCAAGGGCUUCAUCAGGUACAUUGUAGUUGCAAAUGCACUCCUUGAAAUGUAUGCAAAGUCCAAGCACAUUGAUAAAGCUAUUGAAGUUUUUAAGUACAUGCCUGAAAAGGAUGUAAUAUCAUGGAGUUCAAUGAUCGCGGGCUUUUGCUUUAACCAUAAGUGCUUUGAGGCUCUGUUCUGUUUCCGGCAUAUGCUGGCAGAUGUAAAACCCAAUUCUGUUACUUUCAUUGCUGCUCUUGCUGCUUGUGCUGCUACUGGAUCUUUGAGGUAUGGUAAAGAGAUUCAUGCACAUGUUUUAAGGCGAGGUCUGGCAUCUGAAGGUUAUGUACCCAAUGCUCUUCUGGACUUGUAUGUGAAAUGUGGCCAGACAGGCUAUGCUUGGGCACAGUUCAGUGCACAUGGUGAAAAGGAUGUUGUAUCAUGGAAUAUCAUGCUUGCUGGUUUUGUUGCUCAUGGACAUGGAGAUAUUGCUUUAUCAUUCUUCGAUGAGAUGUUAGAAACUGGAGAGCAUCCGGAUGAAGUUACAUUUGUUGCUCUAUUGUGUGGUUGUAGUAGGGCUGGAAUGGUUAGUCAAGGUUGGGAACUUUUUCACCGCAUGACUGAGGAAUACUCAAUUGUUCCAAAUCUCAAGCACUAUGCAUGCAUGGUGGAUUUACUGAGCCGUGUUGGGAGAUUAACAGAAGCUUACGACUUCAUAAAUAGAAUGCCCAUCACACCAGAUGCUGCUGUAUGGGGAGCCUUGUUGAACGGAUGUCGGAUACACCGGCAUACUGAACUUGGGGAGCUUGCUGCCAAAUUUGUCCUUGAGUUGGAACCCAAUGAUGCUGGAUAUCAUGUUCUUUUGUCUGAUUUAUAUGCUGAUGCUGGCAAAUGGGCUGAAGUGGCUAGAGUGAGAAAAACCAUGCGAGAGAAGGGAUUGGAGCAAGACUAUGGGUGUAGCUGGGUUGAGGUUAAAGGAGAUAUCCAUGCAUUUCUUACAGAUGAUGAAUCACACCCGCAGAUGAAAGAAAUAAGUGCUGUUCUACAUAGCAUAUAUGAGCGGAUGAAAGCAUCUGGUUUUGAUCCUGUUGAAUCUUAUUCUUUAGAAGAUAAAGAAGUAUCCAAGGAUGAUGUUUUAUGUGGCCACAGUGAAAGAGUAGCUGUCGCUUUUGGUCUGAUCAAUACCACACCUGGCACCUCUAUUUUUGUCACAAAGAACCAGUACACUUGCCAUAGCUGUCACGGUAUACUGAGGAUGCUUUCUAAGAUUGUUCGCAGAGAGAUAACUGUCAGGGACACCAAGGAAUUCCACCAUUUUAGGGAUGGAAGUUGUUCAUGCGGAGGUUCAGGCUAA